AUGAAUAUACUUUAUAAACGCAUAUACAACUAAUUUUCAAUCAUUGCUCCUUCUAAUUUAACAUAACAAUUAGAAUCAGUUUAAGUAGAUACAGAAUAUAUCACCAACGUGAUAGUUAUUGUUGGUACUCAUGAAUGUAAGAAAAAAACACAUCAUUUAAGAAUCAAUGAUCAAAUACUUCUCAAAAUUGAAAAAGAUUCUACUAAGCCACCUAUCACAGAUUUAUCAUUCUACUACUUAGAUGUUCAUCAAUAAAAGUUAAAAUUGGAACCAGAUCUUAAUAUAUGCACUGUUCAAGAGGAUGAUUCCAUAUGGCAUUAUUAAAAUGGAAACUUAGAUUAUACAUAUGAUCUAUCCAAAGUUUUUGGAUAUUAAUCUAAUAAUUAAACAGCUUUGAUGCUAUGUUAUAAAACUGAUCAAAUGUAAGAUCCUUGGAGUGAUUUAAUAUUAAUUUAAAAGGAUCAGUUUCCUCCAGAAGGAUUUUACAAAUUAUCUUAAUCUAUACAAAACAAUUACUUAGCAUAUUCAUUAGCUAAUACAUAUCACACAGCUAAAUAUUAAGUAGAAAUUACUGAUUCUUAUCCCUAAAAUAAUGAUAAACCUGAAUUAGCAUUAUUCUGUUUUCCUAAUGGAAUAUCAUUGUAUAGAUAGAACUAGUUUCCAAAAUACAAUCAUUUUAUUUUGACUUCAGAAACUGGAGAAAGGACUUAUUGUAGUGCAUUAAUAUUUUGUGAAUAAAAUUUAUAAGGAUUUCAUGAGAUGGCAAUUGUGUUAUCAUCUCAUUAUUGUUACUCAGAACAAUCAUUAGAAUUGCUUAAAAAUUUAUAUUAAAUUUAUAUUGCUAAAAAUGUACUCCCUUUAGAAAGAUACAUAUGCAACAUAGUGGAUGAAAUUGUUCUUCCUUAGGAUCCAACAGAAACAUAUAUUUAUAAUGGAUCCAAAUAAAUUUUUUUCUUCUAAUCUAAUUGUUUUCCAUUAUGCUCAAAUCAAGCUUUUUAGUGUCUAUUUGCAGUUUUGAAUAAAAAGAAUAUAGUUUUGCUUUAUUUUGCAUUACUUUUUGAAAAGAAAAUUUAACUUAUUAGUUCCAAACCUGUAAUUAGUUCACUAGUUAUUGAGGCAUUGUUGACUCUUUUAUAUCCUUUUGAGUUUACUCAUAUUUUAAUAUCUAAUUUACCUGAAGAUUUAGAAUAAUAUCUUGAAGCUCCUCUACCUUAUUUAAUAGGUAUUAAUAAAAAAUAAGCUGAAAGAUAUCCAGAUGCUAUUUAAGUCUUUUUGGAUACAAAUAAUAUUAAAUAAAAUUAACCAAUUGAUAUUCCUGAUGAUAUUUUUGAUAAGUUUAUUUUGAAAUUAAAAGAAUUUGAUAAAUUUUAUGAUCCUCAAUUAAUAGAUAUAAUUGAUAAUGCUUUUCCUAUGCCUAGGGAAGAUGAAUAUGAAAUGAUUGAUUAAUAUUUAGUAAGAGAAGUAUUUUUAAGAUUCAAUAUAUUUAUAUUGUAGGAUUAUCAAAAAUUUAUUGAUAAACAAGUUUUCAAGGAAAAGUUGUUUAUUAAAAAUAAAUCAAAAAUCAAAUUAUUUUUGGAACCUUUUAUGGAAACAAGGUUAUUUAAUUUCUUUAUUUAAGAAAGGAUGCAGCUCUCAUAGAACGAUAGUUAAUUAGAAUAUUUUGAUGAUUGCCUUAAGAAUCCAAAAGGAGAUCAUUUUACUCUUCCAGUUUAAAUAUUUAAAGAUUAUUUAAAACCUAAUGAUGAUGUGUUUAAGAAAGAUAAACAUUUUUAAUAUUGUACAUUUCCUCUUAAAUUUAAUGAUGAAUUUUUCUCAAAACCAAGAUUGGAGUUUUUGAAACAUGAAAAUCCAUUUUAAGUUCAUUUAUUUCCCAAAACUUAAAUUGAACUUCUAAGAUUUGAGUUGGCUCAUAUAUAUAAAUAAUGGUUCAGAUUUUUGGUAUACAAAAUAGAACAAGGGAAAAUGAAAUUAAAUGAAUUGGUUAAGUAUAGUAUUCAUCUUUUAAAAGAAAUGUAAUAAAAUAAUUUGUAUAUUGAUUCUGAUAUUUUUAAAAAUGCAAUGAUUGCUUGUGCUCAUUAUUAAAUGAAUGAUUUGGCUCUUUAAUUUAUUUAAUAAAUGAGAGAAUUAGGUUAUUAGAAGCAAAUAUAAAUUUAUCAGUACUAUUUUUAAACUCAACAAAAUAAAAAAAAAUAAAAAAAAACAAAAUAAAUGAUUUAAGAAAUAGUUAAAUCUAACAAGACAAGUAGAUAAACAGAUUAUAAAUUUUACUUGGAUGCAAAAUGUACAAGAUGUGGUAGAAGAUACACGAUAGAAGAUUUUUUAGCUUCAUUCAUUUAUGAUCAAUUAGAGUGUAAAUCGAAUGGUACAUUAGGAUGUAAUAACAAAUUUGAUGCCUAACUUUUUUUUAAUGAUUAAGUUCAUUAUCUUAAGAAACCAUCUAAAGUGGAAAAAGAAGAUAAAAUUAAUAAUAUGUUUUAUUUCUAUUUAAUUGGAUUACCAUUUAGAUUUAUAAAGAAUCAAUUAGAUGAUGAUGUUGUUUAUAGUCCAAAAAAGAUACCAAUCUAUUUAGAUUACAGUGAUUUGUAUACUGAUGAAAAUGAUGAUUGCAAUUCUAAUUAUCUAUAAAAGGUAGUCCAAGAGGUUUUUGGGAUGUUUUUAGAACGAAUAAAAGAUGUUACAUCUAAAUAGGAACUUCCAUAAGGAAAACAUCAUAGAAGAAUUUCUGAUUUAUCAGAUUGA